CUCUGGGAGUAACACUUUGCUCAUUCACUUUGGAGCUCAUACACAUACACAGUGCGCUGCCGUAAGGGUGUCCACCAAAAUGGAUGUGGGAGAGCCCUGUGUUCAGAUCUUUGAACAACCCAAACAAAGAGGCAUGCGCUUCAGGUAUAAAUGCGAGGGCCGUUCAGCGGGCAGUAUACCUGGAGAGAGAAGCUCGGAUAAUAACAGGACUUACCCAAGCAUUCAGAUUCUGAAUACCUGUGGAAAAGGAAAAGUGCGUGUGUCCUUGGUGACCAAGAAUGAUCCCUACAGACCACAUCCACAUGACCUGGUUGGAAAAGACUGUAAGGAUGGUUACUAUGAAGCAGAAUUCGGACCUGAACGCAGGGUCAUUGCUUUCCAAAACCUGGGCAUCCAGUGUGUAAGGAGAAGAGAGGUUAGAGAUGCCAUCAUGCAGAGAGUGAACCGAGGCAUCAACCCCUUUAGUGUUCCUCGGGAGCAGCUCUUGCAGACGGAGGAGUACGACUUGAACGUGGUGCGUCUGUGUUUCCAAGUCUUUCUGCAGGACGAGGCUGGACGUUACAGCAUUGCACUGUCCCCUGUCAUCUCUAAUCCCAUCUAUGACAACCGAGCCCCAAACACAGCAGAGCUGCGCAUUUGCCGGGUCAACAAAAACAGCGGGAGCGUGAAGGGCGGCGAUGAGAUCUUCCUGCUUUGUGAUAAAGUGCAGAAAGACGAUAUAGAGGUGCGCUUCUUCACCCAGACCUGGGAGGCGAGAGGCUCCUUCUCUCAGGCAGAUGUGCACAGGCAGGUGGCCAUCGUCUUUCGUACACCUGCCUACUGUGACACCUCCAUCACAUCUCCCAUCACUGUACACAUGCAACUGCGCCGCCCCUCUGACCAAGAGGUGAGCGAGCCCAUGGAGUUCAGGUACCUACCUGAUGACAAAGAUCCUUAUGGCUGUCAGGAGAAGAAGCGAAAAAUAGACAGUCUAAUGAAAUCCUUCUCCAGCUUUACAUCUGGACCUAUGGGCCCUAUGGGCAGGACAAAAAUGGCCCAAAGAAUUAAAACUGAACCGACAAAUUUCUAUGGAAAGCUCCCCAGCCAUGGAAUGAUGAGACCAAAUCAACAGAGCAUGUACAACAGCAGCUACAUGAUGCCAUCAGCUUCAGCAUCUCCAGCUCCUGCAGCAUUCAAUCAAUGGCCCAGUUCUUCACUUCACUUUAACACAGCAAAUAGCAGCCCUGGGCCCAGUAAUGGGGUGGGCAUGCAACAAGUUAACCCAGUUAACCCCGUUCCCACCCUCAACACCACGGGCGAGAGUGGAAGCAGCCUACCUUUACUGAGUUCAGUGGAUCUGGAGUUUCUCGACACCCAGGGCCCCUCAAGCAGCCAGCCUCGGCAGGAGCAACAAGACCAGAAUGUCCAGCAUGCCCAGCAGCCUCCCCACAGGAAGGAAUCUGUUACUUCUGGAGAAUCACUGUGGUUUAACUUUGAGCUCCAGGGGGCUCAGGGGACACAGAAUGGGGCACCAAACACAGGUGGCAUGAUGGGGAUGAGCUACCCAUACACAGAGGGCCAGGAUGGAAGUGAGAUUCUCCAGAGCCUGGUGGGCUCUCAGACGGGUCUGCAUUUAAAACAAGAGCCUCCAGGUCAGAGUAAUCUUACCAUGUUGGGACCUGCCAGCUCUGCCCCCUCUGAAUGCACACAGUCCUUCACCAUGCUUAACUACCCAUCAACCAAUGGCAGUUCCCAGGAGCCCAUGAGGCAGGCAACCAAUAGUGGGACCAAUGGGCCAGGGCAGAGGAACACACAAACCCCAUCUUUCUCCAUGGUCCAUGAACUGAACUGGCCCUACUAUCCAGAGUAACAACACACCGCAGUUCAGUGAAGAAUAAUUCAGAGGAUCAAGUUCAACACUGCACUGAACUAUGGAGAGUACGAUAUACAUGCUAUUGUUUUGAGAUUUGAUAGCUGAAACCAUAAUUUCUGCCAUGAAUAUAGGCUCCAUUUAAUGCUUUGUGUUUUUUUUCUUUUCUUCAAGAUCAUGUGAGCUCAUUUAACUAUGAGGUAAAUAUUACUGUAAAACACCACUGUCAUGUCAAAAAGGCAGCAUGAUUUCAAUGAGCAUUUAUGUACAUAGAUUUUGAAGGUCAUAUUUGGGAAUUCUGGAAAAAGCAUCCAAGCUUUCCCAAGUGUGGCAAAGUAAUUCUGUUCUCUGGAACUUGCAGGGACUUCAAACCCUGCGUAAUGGCUAUGUCAUAUUAAAGAAAUGUUCCAUCCAAAGUUCUCAAAAUACUAUGUUUAAAGAAAACAGUUUCUUACACAAAGCCUUUACAGAAUAACUGAAGUUAUGUUAUGCCUUUAGAACAUGUUGAUAUUUUUUCUUUGCUAUUUUAUAAUAUUCACUGGCAAAGAGCCUUAUUUGUUGCUUACUGGUUUCUAUGGUACUUGUUUCAGCUUCAUGGUGAAAUCAAUUGUACUUCAUAUUUUUCUGAAUGCAUUUUUUUAAA